AGGGUGGAGCUCCGUGGACUAGGCGUCUUUGUGAGACAGUGGGCGCGUACAUGGAUGGAGGCAAAAGGUGCUAUAUGGUUUAUGCUCCAGAGGCAACACGCAAACAAACGAACUACAGGGACGCCGUCAGCACGCUGAUUGACAACAAUUACGGACAUUAAUUGAGAUCAUCAUGAACCAUGGCCGGCCUCAGUAGUUGACUACUCUUGCGCGCAGGCUCCUUUAUCAAUCUUUGAAAAUCAAAGGCUUCGCGCCGUCGUCUUGUCUUCUUUAAAUGGGUAACCAACGGGAGGCAGAGUGCUGCCAAGGGGGUGCUAAGCAACAUGAUGCCACUGCGUGGCGCGAGAGAGAUGGGCUCGCGCUUUCUUUCUGUAGUAUGAGGCGCCGCCAUUGUUCUGAUAGGGCGACAAGCUUGGGAGAAAGGUAAGAAGCCUUGCCCAAGUUGACUCUUUGCGACGAGGUCGCGAAGUCGCCCUCUGUUGAGGGGCAUCCUUUGCCUGGAGAGCGCAUCGCCAUGGGGUCACGCGGCUGCCCUUGUGAGUCCCGCCGACGCUACUGCGGAAGCAGUUUCUUUCGCUGCAGAUCUAAGCUGGCCCUUUGAGUGAUACGCAGUUCUUUCGCUGCCUUGGCCCGGAUGCUGUGCCCUUUUGGUCCCCCUUGGCCGCGACUGCUUUGGGUGAGUUCGGCCUUACCUCGCGCUUCCCCGUGUUACGGCGUGACAUACCGCGACCAAACUAACACUCGCGGACUAAAUGGGCCUCGCGCACGGCGCUCGGGCUGGAUGAUGUUGGAGCGCCCCAGGCUUUCUAUAGUUACUAACUAAUUCAGCACCAUCGAUCAUCAUCGUCGCCGUCAUUUUAUACACGCACAGCCAAGAAAAUAGCGAGCAGUUGUCUUACUUAGUUACUCAGACUCAUACUCUUAAUAUUUGUUAGACACUCGCUAGAUGAGCUAUACUAGGUAAGAUAAGACUUUGUUGGCAAAUACUUGCAUAGAUCUUAUUAGUAGAAGCAAAAAUACGCAAUUGCGGGAAGUACUAGCACAAGUAGGCUACAGGACGUCAACUGGUGUAAGUAUUCAUCGUGAUGCUAUAUUGGAUUUGAAGAAGGGCAGCGGCCGCGCGGAGUCCCCGUCGGCCCCCCAACCCAAGGCUUCUCAAAUCUACUCUAGAAGCAAGUAGGAAAGGGAGCUGCAAAUAGUAGAACGCAUGGUUGUGGAAGAACAAGUCUCGCAUUGUAGUGUUUGGCUCUACUUCUUCCAGCCGUGCUGUGGUCUGCUAGUGAUCCUGGUGGACCAGCACCCCUCCAGGCGCACGCCUAAUCUAUCCUAACCUAACCACUUCAAAGCAUUCCUUAAACUUUAUUUUGGGAGAUGAAUGCCUAAUAGAUACUUCUUAAAUUUUGAAGAAUUUGGUAAACUGACGGACUCGACCUCUAAUGUGGUAAAUUCGACCCACGCAUUUCCGAGACACAAUCACAACCGGAGCGAACAGUUUAAGGCAACCCCAACAACAUUCAUCAACGAGCAAGCAGCCCUUCUUAUUGUAUCUAUAAUAGCGAUGACUUAGACCACCACGUGUUAAGUACUAUACAUUGUUACUAAUGAUGAAUAAGACGAGUCAAGUACUAUACAUAGCGAUCUUCAUAGUUGUGACUCCAAUGAGGUAGGUAGUGGCCCUUCUGAAUUUCAAGAGUUGCUAUGUGGUAUCCCUGCUUUUAGAAGUAAGGAAGUUUUGUCUCCAUCUCUUCUGUGCAAUUUAGCUUUUUUGAUCUUUUUUUAACUGCGAAGUUGACAUCAAGUAGGUUGCAACUAAGUAUGUUCCUUGGGAGGAGGUGGAGGUCGUCUUUGACAUUUGAGUAAGGAACUAUCUACAAGAGAGACCAUAAGUUACGCAGGGGCUAGCUUUCCUAGAGCUUCUAUGUAAUUUUAGACCAGGACUUUUCUCGUUGCACGGCCUGGCUUCUCUUUUGUUUAUUUUGGCUAGCCUAAGGAAAAGGAGGCCGCGCCGACCUCUAUAGGCCGGCGUCGUCAUUCCGCUAGUUUUUCUGUGGACCCGCUGAGCGGGGCCCCCUUCCCUGGGAUGGCGAAAUAUGGACUCUAUAGGCUUUCCCCGAGGAGCCGCCGCCCUUAAGCGGCUCUGGCCGGAGGCGCCUGGGAGGGGCUUCAAAAAGGGGGACAAAAAGGGCCCACUUUGACCCCCCAAACAAGGCGGGCCAUUUGGCGACACUUUUGCCCUAAAAGUGUCGCCUUAAGGCACCCCGUAGGCCACACUAGGUGGGGCCGUUUCGGCCCUCGCAAAAAUUGAGGGCGUGCAAAAUGCGCCCCCAUUUUGCCGGCGUUGUUUUUUCCAAGGAAGUGCCCGUCUGGGGUGCCCCUUGGUUGCCUCUGACCUUUGGGCCGCCGGAUGUCGCGAUCAUGCGCGCCGGCGGGCCGGAUAUCCUUGGCGGCUGCUCCUCUGCGGGUGUCGACGGCUCCCACGGCUGACGGCCAGGCGGCGGCCAGGGUGUACGGGAAUUUGCCAGGCCUUGGCACUGGCGGCACUUAAAAAAAGAACCAAAAUAAAUGGCUGCGCAGCGAGAAUAUACCUGGUCUAGUGAUGCAGCUCCUUAGGUGAUCCUAGUCGUGAGCGCUCAUCCCUCCGAGGCGAACCAAUUCCGGUUCUAUCCUAAAAAGGAUCGCAACACGAUGAUAUGGAGCCAUGAUCUACAAGAUAGAGCGUCAGCUUCAUUAGUCUAGAGCGUGUUCUAAUCCUUGGCGGACUGGCAUUUUGACAACAGUCCCAACUUCAGGGGAUUCCAUCGACUGCGGAGCUUACACUUGUGGUCAUCGUACUUAAGGCCGCUUCUAAGUAGUUUAAAUGUGCGCCAUCGUCUCCAAGUUAAUUGAUGUUAAUUGAUGACUGGUAGCCCCUCUGAGGCUGCGGACGUUCGCCCGAGAAUGCAGGCCAAACUGUGGACGGCGGACUAAUUCCUAUCCUAUCGUAUCUUAAUAUCCUAUUAACCACUAUCCGAGUACUACGAGUGCCGUUAGAUAGAAGUUUAUCUCCAUCUAUCCUCUCCGAGUAGUCCUAUGUUGAGUAUUCCCUUCGUUCUCAUGAAGAUGUGAACUAUGCUGGUGGGUGCGGGUGGGGUGUGCAGCUGCUCAUCCUGUGAUAUAUUCUUAAAACAGGUUAGAGGGGAAAGAAACUACGCGAGGGGAAGACACUAAGAAGGUGGGCGGAAGACACUAAGAAGGUGGGGGGAAGAAACUAAGAAAUUGGGAGGAAGAAACUAAGGGAGGGAAACUCACUCAGCCAGAGGGAUAAUGAAAAGCUACAACAGUAGCCAAGCGACCAUGUCUGUCUUUCUUUAGGCAGACCAAGACCUCCUAAAACUCUGCCAGAAGGAUGAUAAUGAAAAACCACCCAUGUUGACUUCUGUUUCGUCUGCUUCAUCUUCUUAGAGAGUGUAAUAUCUUCUACCUUUAAUCCAUACAAAUGUGCAGAGAGUCGCCGAGCAGCUUACUGCCAAGAGCAUUCCCAAAGGGAUGCAGAAAAUCUUUCCAGAAGGACGCCAGGUCCAAACAGAGAAUGUGCACAUUUCUUAAGGCCACGACCCAUCGAUGAUGUAAGUUAUAGGUCUCUCCUUCAGUUUCAGAGCUCUCAGUCCCUUACUGUUUACUCACUUCGCUCUCGUUGUUGGUUUACAAGUGCCUACUCUUUCGUGGAUCUUGGCGCAUCGAUUCGUCCUGCGUGUAGGUGCUAUAUGCCUAUUUGUUAGGGAAGACGCACAGAAUAGAAUGGAGGCGCAUCAGGUAGCAGCGCAAACGCCUUUGGCAGUGGGGAAUCGUCAUGCAUCAUAUUUCCACAGACAACUUUACAUAUUUGAAGAUGGACUAAGUAAUGUAAUAUAUGACUCAGGGCCGGACGCCCCCUCCCUCCCCCCUGUGGUCUGGUCUGUGGUGGCGCGCGCGCUUUUCCGCGGAUUCUAGUGGGAGAAGGCGCCAAAACUUGGCGCGGGCCUCCCCUUGAGCCUCUCAGCGUGUUCCAAAGGGACCUCUUGGCCUGUGCUGACCCUCGCAGGCGGGAGGCCUCCGGGCUAAAAGGCCGCCGGAGGCGGCCAUGGUCGCAAGAGCAAGCGCGCUGACGUCCAAGGGCCCGGAGGGUACAGGCGGCACGGCUCAGGGGUCCAGCCCCUCGCCCUUUGCCGUCUUCGGGGGUCUUCUGCCGCCGGUGGGUGCACUGCUGCGGCGGCGAAGCCUAGCGGAUGCACUUAGGGCACAGGCAGGCACCUGGACGGGGGCGCAGGCGGUCCCCUGGGUUUCUUUUGAAGCCUCCCACCACCGUCGGGGGCUCCUAGGGAACAGCCAGGCAGCUGGAAGGGAGCGGGGGGGGAGGUCACUGGGCUCCCUUUUUGAGGCCUUCCCCCCCGGCAGACGCCUGAAAAAGGGGCCCAGGGCGCCCGGCCCCCUCCCGCUAGGGGGGGCCGUCGCCCCGCGCCUUGGGACAUAUAUAGUUAUUGCCCUAACAUGAUCUAGAGACGAAAGGGUGCUAAAUGGUAUGGUUAGUUUAGUCUCUCAAUAUGUAAGGGGGAGCGUGCUCAUUAUAUGAUAUGGAUUCCUCCUUGUCUCAGUACUUUUAUAUGUUCCAGGGCUCAGGACGGAUGGCCCCCCGGUCUAAAACUUUGAGGGGGCGGCCUCCAGCCCCUGGCCCAUUUUUCUCGAGGGACUGUCGCGCGAGAAGGCGUCCAAAGCGCCCGCCCCUGACUCCUUCCCGCUUCUUGCCUGGACCUUAGAGAGCCCCUAUUCCUGAGGCCGUUGAAGCACCGAAGGAAAGCCGGGGGUGGAGGGCUUCUGAAGGUUGCAAAGGUUGCAAGGCCGGGCCCCCUUGUCGUGUUGCGUGUACCCUACAGACCUGACAAAGGUGACAAGGGUGGACGCCCUUGCCGUGUUGCAUGCACCCCACAGACCUGGCGAAGGGGGCAAGGCUGGACCCCCUUGCCGUGUUGCAUGUACCCGACAGACCUGGCAAAGGUGGCAAAGCUGGACCCCCUUGCCGUGUUGCAUGUACCCGACAAACCUCCCGCAUCCGUGCGGGCUCCUCACGACUGGGGGAGCUUGUUGGGGGGGAUGAGCGCCAAAGGGGCCAGGCCUCGCGACCGUGGCUGCCUUCGGCGGCUUUCUUCGCCUGGGGACUGACCGCCUCCUUGAUUUACACCAAGAGACGCCUGUCAGUGGGGUACACGCGGAAAGCCGCCAGGGAACUCCGGCUCCGCCUUUUGAGGCCUUCGCCCCCGGGGGUCCUUACAUGUCACCACCGCGGAGGAGAGAGCGCGGACGCCACCGCCCUGGUGCAUAUAUUCACUGCAGCAGUCCCUCCGUCAGUAGUUCAUCAUUAUAGGGCAACUUUUAUCGUUUCAUGUAAGUGAUUAGGUUGUAGUUGCGUAUCAUCUCAGGUUAUGAACUCACAGGUAGAGACGAAAGGGUAAAUGAUCCCGAUGUCAGUAGAAGUUAUUGAUAUUUAUAUGUUAACUAUAGUUUAACUUCUUUGUUUAAGAAGAUGACCACGACGGACCAGCACUUCUGUCUCUGAGCAGGUCCUCGCGCUCAAGUUCUAAACAACAUCGCACAAGGUUUGGGAAGAUAAGAUGGCCUACGCCGGCCUUGACAAAUCAUCUCGGCAACAACUUCCAGAAAAAUUCCAUAUGACGAUAGGAGAAGUCUUGCCGCCAAAAUCUGGCACACGCAGUGCCUUUUUUUAAGGCUCACCUUUAUCCAUCUCCGGAAACAUCCCCAAGGGGCUUCUUCAGGGGAAAAGGCGCCUAGGAUGCAUUGCGGGACGAUGGAUUAGGGUGAGCUCUAGUACUAAUGUUUGCAGCCCUCAGGUGGAGCAUUUUCUCAAAGUAGAGGGGGCCUUGUUUCUGCUGAUCAUGGAGAAGAUGAGCAACAUGACAGAGAUUCUGCUGAAGAUGUAGAUGACGAGAGGAAAAGUACCAUCUUCAGCACAACAUCCACCGUCUACUUCAGUGCAACUUCUACUACAUCAGAAGAUGCAGCUGCCCCUGUUCGUCCGCCAAACAAUAACAACGCGACCUCGUCCAGUUCAACAACAACUAGAAGAAAUACACCAACAACUUCUAGUAGUGCAACUAGUAGCACAACUAGUAGUGCAACUAGUAGUACAGCUCGUGCCUCACCAUCAACAGCUAAGAACUUCAACUACAUUGAAUUUGAAAAGACAAAGAAGAUGCCCGCUCUGGACAAGAACGUGGCUGCGCAGAGAGCCAGGAUGUACAAGAAGCGCGGCUAUGGUAGUGUAGAAAGCCAGGAUGUGGGUGCUGCUGAUCAACUAAUGAACAUAGAAGAGGGCCACGACGUAGGUGAUGAAGUAGAUGAGUCUGAGUCUUCUUCUAUUGUCCACCUCUAUAAGAUCAAGAACUCGUCCAGAUUUUCUAGACUCGAAAGUACAGCUCAGGAUCAGCAGAGGAGUCGCGUUUACCACGGCGACGUCGAUGAUACUGGGAGUGCAGCAGCUUCCAAAAAUUAUGGAGGAGGCCUUUUUCCUUUGAUGGACAUAAUCAAUUGAUGUUGUUGAUACAAGAAGACAGAGGAAGGGUAAGUAGAUGAAAGGGGUCGCGCGAGAUGAGGGGACCGAGAUGAAUCAUUGUGCUGAUGCUAAUCCAACAGCGGCGGAGACGGCGGAGGCCAUCAGUCACGGCGAUGA